UCAGUUUGACCAGAUCGAUGUUUUGAUCUUUCCUGUCAAAAAUCCGGUGGGGUUUUCAAGCUUCAGUAUUGUCAUGUGAGAAGAAAUAUUCUGAUGCAGUAAAGGAAACGCAAGUCAUCUUGCGAUACGCCUGCUAGUCAAUAACCAGGUAUUUCCAUCUACCAAAUCAUGUCAGGAAGUAAUCUUGUUGUGCCCAUCAUUCUUUGGGGCCGUCACGCCCCUACGCACUGUGUGUCUGCCAUCUUGAUGACCUCUGACCAGAGGAAUAUCAUCACAGGAUGUAACGACGGUCAGAUUAUAAUUUGGGAUGUCUUAGAGGAUUGGACGAUAUACCCUAGAAGUAUGCUAUAUGGUCAUAAUGCUGCUAUCAACUGUCUGGCCAUGGCCAGCAAGAAUCCACAUAAGCCUUAUAUAGCAAGUGCUGCAGAUAAUGGGGAGAUCUGUCUGUGGGAUGUUAGUGAUGGGAGGUGUAUAGAACAUCACAAAAGUGCCAGUGUUCACACCAGUAUGCAGUCAUACCACAUGUUAGACUGUAAAGACUUUCGUCUAGUCUGUAAUGGCUACUACCCAGAGAUCCAGAUCAUAGACCCUGCGAACCUGACACUGCUCUAUACACUGUCCUCUAAGAUUUCCUCAGAUUGGAUCAGUGCAUUUUGUAUCCUAAGACCUGUGAAUAGAGAAGAUGAUGUUGUGGUGGCCAUCUCUAAUUCUGGAACAGUCAAAGUUUGGACUUUGGAACCUAAUUCUUUGAAGAAUAAAGAGAUAUUUGAGGACGAGUCUAAGCACAUCCGCUGUCUCAAUGCCCAGACCUUGACCUGCUGUGCUUAUAACCAGCGUACUGUGUUGAUUGUCUGCUCCAAGUACUGGCAGAUCUAUGGCUGUGUAGCUCCUAGUAUUGGCGAUCCAGAGAUCUAUGAUGCAGGUGAUUUCUCUCUGCUGUGUUCAGAGUCUGCCAGAACGGGAGAGAGGUGGUCAGGCGGAGAGUUCAUCGCCGUGGACAAAGUCAUUGUGUGGAGCAGUGAGGGGAAGGGAUAUCUCUACAAACUGCCCAUGAAUCUACUAAAGGGCAAGGUGCUGCAGAGUGCUAACCCCAAGAGUCAAGAAUUUCGUAAAAUGGUGGGGAACGUGGUAAAGGAAAACGCAGCCCCCAUGACGUAUGGUGUUCUGGAUGUGUUGCAGGAGCAGAAACUGGUCUGUUCCCCAGCAAUGACCUACUUCUUUGGCACGAUGUGGAAGCAGCAGAAGAUGUUACUGCGCGGGGACUCUGAGGGGAGAAUCGUGGUCUGGUGCAUUCCUGAGGUCACAGAGCAGCAGAUGACACUGGUGAGACAGGAGAGUUUUGAUAGGCUGCCAGCUGUCCACCCCAAGGCCAGCUUGACCCUCCAGGAGGCCUGGGACUCACUGGACACUUCUCCUGUGGGGAUACUGGACUUACUGUCUAAUGAAGGAGAGAAGCCCCAGCAGAUCACAGCCACCAUCUACAUCCCCUCCCAGGGACGGCUGGUAUGUGGGCGGGAGGAUGGUUCCAUCGUUAUUGUCCCCGCCACACAGAGUGUUAUCAUGCAACUUCUGGACUCCAAACACAAGAUCAAACAUGACCAUGCUGUCCACAAGGUACUAGAUGGACACAAGGGCCGAGUGACUGCCCUGUUGUACCCAUUCAAUGACGGAGCACGCUACGAGCCCCAGCACCUUGUCUCCGGUGGAGCAGACUUCUGUGUAUUUCUAUGGGACAUCUACACUGGGAUCAAGCUCCACACAUUUACUGUCCAUGGUGGAGAGAUUACACAGCUUAUGGUGCCUCCAGAUGGGUGUAACGCUCGUAUACAACCCUGCAUCUGUUCAGUGGCAAGUGACCAUUCUGUGGCUCUCCUGAGUUUGAAGGAAAGAAAAUGUAUCACGAUGGCUAGCCGCCACAUGUUUCCAGUGCAGACCAUCAAGUGGCGCCCCCUGGAUGACUUCAUGGUGGUAGGCUGCACAGAUGGCACAGUGUAUGUGUGGCAGAUGGAAACAGGUCACCUGGACCGUGUUGUCCAUGGUACCACGGCUGUGGACAUCCUUCAUGCCUGUGACGAGAUGAUGAAGGCGGAGGGUCACUCUGUGCACCACAGUGAGUCUCUGGUCAACCCCACCAUCAGCAUAGCUCAGGCAUUCAGGAGGAGAAACCUGGCCACCUUCAAGAACUUAGCUGAGCAGAAAUUUAAGCAGAUCAACCAGCCAGGCUCGGAUCCUACCCGUAAUCGUACUGACCUCAGUGGUAAAACUCAGGCCUUCCCCAUGAUGAUACAGGGCAUCAAAGCCAACCUCAGAGACCCUGAGUCACAUGUUCUCUUCUUUGAUACAGAGGCUCUCAUAGUACAAUUACUAAGUGAUGAAUAUGCAGCCAUGUCUCCAGGCACCAUGGAGGCGCAUGGUAUAAAGACCAUAUCCCAGCAUUCCCAGUCAGAGCAGAAGACGGGCACUGAUGAAAUAAAGCAGAAAUUUGAAGGUUUUCUAGCCAAGGUCAAGGACAAGGCAGAGAAUGUUGGCCAGGAGAUUCAGGCCAGAAUGGAGGCUGCUGGGAAGCCUCACCAUGCAGGCACUCACCGCCCUCACUACCAUAAACACCAUGAGAAAGGUGGCGCCACUCACAAGGGCAGAGGUAAACCACAACGGCCCUCACAGCCUCCACAGUAUCACCACAGAAAGCAUGCCCAGCGCAGGCCUAAAAAUAUCUAUCUAACAGAGGGGAACCUGACCAUGGAGAUCGCCCAGUUGUUGAUGUCCUGUCUUCAUGCCUGGGGCUUAGACCCUGAUCUGGACAAGUUGUGUAUCAGCAAACUAGGCCUCCUGACACCUUUAGCGCCAAUCUCCUUUGGCCUGAUCUCCCGUGGGGGUCACAUGUCCCUCCUCCUACCUGGCUGGCACAAGAAGCUCUGCCUCCAGUCUAAGCUUGUCUUGGACAAGAAGGGCAAGUCUGCAGAGCCCACUGCCUCGCCGGCGCUAUCUGUUGACAGGGAAGCCCAGUUGUUCACCAGCAGAGCUCACUGGGAGGUGUCGGAGGCGGUGACCACCCAGCACCUGCUCUCUGUUAUAUCUAUUGCUAACACUGUGAUGAGUAUGAACAGUGCCUCCUUCUUGGUGGGGAAAUCUCCUGUCUCUUUGACAAGGAAAAUCUUUGACAGCCAAGGUUUGCUGAUGUCACAGACAUUCUCCAGCUCAGACGAGGAUGAUACAGAUGGUACAAGCUCUGCAGACUCUAUUGUCAUUGAGCAGGCACAGACUAAGCAAGGCUGGAGCCUGCUGGCCACCCUGCACUGCGUCUUAUUACCAGACUUGGUGGGCACCGACAUGUACAAGAAUCCCAAGCUACAAAUGCUGGCCAGUAGGUGGCAGGACAGGUGCCUGGAGCUUCAACUUCUAUCCAGUAUGUGGCAGCACCGCUCUGUACAGAUCCGUGAAGCUGCCCAAGCCCUCCUAUUGGCUGAACUGAGGCGCCUUGGUCCUGAGGGUCGAAGGAAAGUGGUCCAAGAGUGGGCGCCAUAUUUACCCAAUUACAUCGACCCCAGUCUCGGUCCACAGGAAGUCCAUGGUGCAGUGUCUUCUGGGAAAACUGAGGAGUUGCCUGAGGAGGAGGAGGAGGAGCAAGAGGAUAUCUCUGCUGCAGCAACCAAAGUCAAAAGGUCCAAAAGUUUAAUAUUGAGAAAAGGUAGCUUGAAAGGAGGAGGGUCUUUCCGCAUCAAGAGACAAAGGUCAAAGUCCUUGAAUGAGGGGAAAGAGGUACAGGAGAAGAUUCAGGACAACUCCUACGAGACACGUCGUAAGCAGGCCACCGCCAUUGUGAUGCUGGGGGUCAUUGGUGCAGAGUUUGGUCAGGAGAUCGUGUCGUCGCGAGGUGGUGACCAGCAGAAGGGGGUGGUGGAGGGGUUCAGUAUUAACCAGGCGCUGGCCAGGAGGACAAGUAAUGCCCUGACCUAUCUCCUUCUGCAGCCCUCCAGUCCUCAGCUCCCAGCAAACACACCUAUCAGGAGAGCCGCCAUAGAUUUGAUUGGACGCGGUUUCACGGUGUGGCAGCCAUAUUUAGAUGUGUCAGCAGUGUUACUGGGUUUGUUGGAAUUGUGUGUGGAUGGAGACAAACUGGUGCCCAGCAUGACAUUUGGUCUGCCUCUCAGCUCACAAGCAGACGCAUGCAGAACCGCACGUCAUUCACUCGCACUUAUUGCGACAGCACGACCACCUGCAUUCAUCAUCACCAUGGCAAAGGAGGUGGCACGAUACAACGCCAUGGCUCAGAAUGCACAAUCCCAGAGUCCUUCACUCCAUACGUCGGUGCUAGUACGAGGGAAGUCGGAGAUCAUGAGAGUUAUUGAACACUUGAUUGAUAAGUUGCCUAAUGAUGUGGCAGAGUUGAUGGUAGAGGCCAUGGACAUCACAGUCCACUGUCUAGACCACACUGCAGUGAAGACCAAGGGUCUCCAGGAGGUGUUUGCUCCUAUCUGUAAGUUCUGUAUUGUUAGCUAUGACACCAACUCCAGGAGGAUAUGUGUAGGAGCCAGGAAUGGAGGACUCACCUUUUAUGAGUUAAAGCAUGCCAAGUCUCAGACCAUCCCAGCUCACAGCAAGCCUAUCACAGCAGUGUGUUUCUCACCUGACGGGAAGUUCCUGGCAGCAUACUGUCAUGAGGAGAAAAGACUCACCUUUUGGCAGGCAUCCUCUGGUUCUCUGUUUGGUAUUGGGCAGCAGCAUACGAAAUGCGUGAAGACAUUCAGCACUCCCGCGUUCCACGUCAACCCUGCCAUGAACGUCCUCAAACUGGCGAGACUGAUCUGGACGGACAACCGCCAGGUGGUGCUGCUGAUGCUGGACGGCUCCGAGACACGAUAUAGAGUUUAGUUUUAUGACGCUGUCCAUGACAAGCCAGCGUCGUGAUUCUCUCACAAAAGACAAAAGACACAAAAGGAAAGAAAACAAAGAAAAUAGAACUAUGAAGAAGUAAAAAUUCAAACACAGAUAUGAUGUUGUUUUUAAUGUUGCUUACAAUAGAAGAUAAAAGUUUUCUGGCAAUGAAUUAUCUCUUGCUGUGUAAAAACUAGACUUGAA